AUGACUGCCCGGCGUCCCUUGACUUCCCCGACCGUCCUCCGUCGGGUCCGCGCCAACGCGGUGCGGCAGCCUGGACCGUCACGAAGGAACCUGUCCACACCUCCGAAUCCCCCGCAAGCCCCAAAGCCAGCUCAAGCAACCCCUAAAGAUUCUCAAUCCCGUCUCCGUCGCUUCAAUGACCGAUUACCACGAUUCCUUCGCAGAUAUACAACACCGCUACUAGGAGCUCCGGUCACACAUGUCACCUCCUUCCUGGUCUUGCACGAAAUCACCGCGAUAUUGCCGCUAUUUGGGCUGGUCGCUGCGUUCCACUACGGCGCAUGGAUGCCGGAUCUCAGUUCCGAUUCCGAGUCGGGGAAAAGUAACGCCUUUGACGAGGGAGCGAAACGGUUUGGACGCUGGUUGAGGAAGAAGGGCUGGGUGGAGGAAUCCGAUGUCAGUGCCGUUGCGGAACAUCAGGUUACAGGAGCUACGCAUGGCGCGCAAAAGGAGCAAGCUGGAGUCCGACUGGUACUAGAGUUUGCUACGGCGUAUGCAAUUACAAAAGCUCUGCUGCCCCUUCGUAUAGCAGCUAGCGUGUGGGCGACGCCAUGGUUUGCAAGGACGAUUCUUACGCCGAUCACGAAUGCAGCUAGAAGGCUGUUCGGCAAGAGCUAA